AUGGCAGACAGCUCUAAAAAGGAAAAGAUAGCGGCUGCUAAAAAGAAGUUGAAACAGUUUCAACAGAAGGGAAGUAAAACUACGGCUCCUAAGAAAGCUAAAACAUCAGAUAUUAAAGAUAGGGAGGUUGAUACCAGUGUUAAUUUGAAAGCAGAAGAGGAAAUAAAGCCUAAAAACACUGUCAAACCUGAAAACGGAACACAGAAUUCUCCUCCUGAAAGACUCCAGGCUUAUGAAGAUCAGCAUAACAGCUAUUCUGUUUCUGAGACAAAACAAUUUAAUUGGUUUGAUCCAACAAGAACUACAGCUUCUACAGAAAGUUUACAUCAACUAUCACAACAAAUAAAUGGUCUCUUAGCAGAGUCUCAAACCCAUAUGAAUGGUGAUGAUGAUAAUAAUUCUAGUAUAGCUGAACUAGAGAAAAGAAAUCAAGAAUUAGCAGCGUUGUUAGAAAAACAUUCACAAGCUAAUGAACAGUUAAAUAGUCAACUACAACAAACAAAAUCAUAUUCUCAAAACCUACAGAAUCAGUUGGACCAAGAAAGAAAUAAUUUUGAUGAUAGGUAUAAAAAGGAAAUAGGAACUUUAAAGGAACAGUUGCAGGUUCAUAUACAAACAAUUGGUAUAUUAGUAGCUGAAAAAACUGAAUUACAAUCUCAACUAGGUCAAUCUCAACGUAUCUCAGAACAAAGAUUACAGGAAUUAGAAGAAACCAGUGGUAGAUUAAAAGCUUCAAGACAGAAAGUUAGUGACUUGGAGAAAAAUGUUUCCUCAUCAACCCAGUCAAGUCAUCAACAUGAGAAGAUAAGUAGAGAAACAUCUAAAGAGGUUGACAGAUUAAAAUUAGAACUUUACAAAGCAAAUAAAUCAAAAGAAGAAUUUCAGCAACAAGUUUCAGAAUUAAAAGAAAAACUCACAUUUAAGACAUCAGAGUGUAGUGGACUAGAUCAAAGUGUAUCAGAUCUGAAGAAGAAACUAGAAAUGGCAGAACUAUAUGCACACCAGUUAUCUAGUGAAAGUGAAAAUUCACAAGAAACUGUACAGAUAUUAGCACAAUUACAACAAGAGAAGGGUGAUCUCUUAAUCAAAAUACAACAAUAUGAAGAAACAUUCCAGAAGAUGAGUGAAGAGAGAGAUCAGAUAUCUGAUCAAUAUCAACAAUAUGUUACACAGAUACAAAGACAGGCUGAAGACCAACAACAACAGGUAACUAGUUUAGCUGAUGAAAGAAGUAAACUAUUAACAAGACAACAUGAUUUAGAAACUAUUGUUCAUGAAUUACAACAGAAAUUAUUAAAUGUUGAUGAACAACAACAACAAGCUCCAGUAGAAGUUGAUGUUUCACAAUUUUUAGAUGAAAUCUCUCAAUUAAAAGCUGAACAACAAGAUUUAAAGACUAGACAUGAAGCUCAAAUACGAGAUAAUGCACAGUUGAGUAGGUUUUUAGAGGAGAAAGAAGAAAGAAUUAAUGAAUUAGAAACAACAGUGAAUACAUUAGGCGAAGAGGCUGGUGAUAAAGCACAUCUAUUAGAGAGUAUCCAGAGUGAUAAAACAGCAUUAAGUAGAGCUUUAACACAAAAUAAAGAUCUUAAAAAUCAACUUGCUGAACUACAAUCUACUUUUGUUAAAAUGAGCAAUGAUAAUAUGGAACUAUUAACUAAGUUACAAUCAGGUGAACAUAGUAAUGGUGAAAUACAGAGUAAAUUAGCUCAACAAGAAGAUGAAUUAACAGAUAUUAAACAAAUAGUAUCAAGAAAAGACAGUGAAAUAAAUGAUUUAAAGAAACAAAUGGAAAUGUUAAGGAGGGAAGAAUUUCAACAAGAACAGAUCAAUGAUAGAUUACAGCAUUAUGAAGCACAAGCUCAAUUAGUUGAUACUUUACAAAAUGAAUUAAGAGCUUCACAGGAUAUGGUAGAUGCUUUAACAACACAGAGUAGUGAAUUGAGACAGAUGUUAAUAAAAGCUGCUGAAAUACCUAGUAAUAAUAAUGAAGAUAAAAAUGGUGAAACAGAAACACAGAGAGAUCAAGUGUUGGAUUCUCUAUCAAUGACAAUAAAACAACUAGAAUCAGAGAGAAAUGUAUUAAUGUCUAAUUUAAAAGAACAGAGGGAUUUAUCAGAUAAAUUAGGUGUUAAAAUAUCUGAUUUACAAGAAGAUGUUCUUAGAAAUAAACAAGAUGAUGAUGAUAAUGAGAGAGUAGGGAGAGGUGAAUUUGAACAGUUAAAAACAGCUAUGACAAUGAUACAGGAUAAAUACACUAAAGUAAUGAAAGAUAAAGCUGAAUUAACUGAUAAAGCUGAUCAGUUAGAACAUCUAGUAACACAGUUACAAGGUGAAACUGAUACAAUAGGAGAAUAUAUCUCACUAUAUCAUCAUCAACGGGCUUUAUUACAACAACGUGAAUCACAGAAGAAUGAAUAUAUUGGUCAUUUAGCUCGUGAUAGAGAGGAGUUACAGGUCAGUCAUUUAAUUCUUACCACCAUUCUCUAUAUAAAAAAAACCUUUAGUGCUGCCAUUUGA